GCAAUCUCAGCCUCCAGCCCAGUCUCGCCCUCCUCUUGUGCUGUCUUGAGGCGGGUGAGACGACGUCCCAAUGCUAGUGAAUUCCAAUUCGUGCGAUUGACCAUUCCUGCCUAUAACUGAGGAUGUAUAGUCUUGUCUGCUGCUCUGCUGCUUUGUGUACGUGUCCAAUCGCGCGCGCGAAUUACGGAGCGCGUUUCGACAUGACGCCAGCCCUAAGGCAUUCUCAAUUCAUACUUCAAAUUUACAAAUCCUAUCUUAACAACAAACUGUGGAUGGCCAAGGGCACCAUCCACAUCCAGCAGAAUUGCAACGGCGUCAUCGACGUCGCGCGAUCUUCUGGUCGUGCUGUGGACCGUAUGAGUAUGGGAGUGCGCUGCGGGGUGGGUCAGAGAAGGAAAAAAGUUGCGAGAUCUGCUUAUUUUUGGCAGGACAUUUUACUGUGCGAUUGUCCUGCGGCAGGACGUUUCAAAGUGUAAAUGUCCUGCCGCAGGACAUUUACCCGCAGGACAAUUCAUGUGACCGGGUAUGUAAGACAACGGAACAAAAAAAAUAGAAAAGAAAAAACUGGGGAUGGCCAAGGGCACCAUCCACAUCAAUUCCCCUGAUAUAGGACAUCUCUGACAUGUCUAAGAAACUUCACCCCUGACUCAUAGCAUGAUGUGCUAG